GUGAGUGUCGAUUUAGGGCCUUCUGGCACUGUUUCCAGAAGUUUGUGAACUUUCGUCGUAAUGUAUUGGACAAAGCUUACGAUAUCGAUUAUUAAUUGCAUACCAAUGCAACAGUGAGAUUUAUGUUUUCUUUUUUCAUGUAGAAUAUUUGGUUUAUGAAGCCAAGGUCCAUCAACUUUUUCAGUUCAAUCAGACGAUCAGCAUCGAAUGAGGUACGGGGGUUGUGCUGGACUUCUCUGCUCUGGGUUUGUUUUUGUUAUAAACCGUGGCCAAGGUAGGCCUAGCCUAGGCCUAAGCUGGUACAACUCGCUUUAGUUGUGGUUCUGUUAUGAAUAGCUCCAUGCACCUUCAUUCCCGAAGUUAAUUCUGUGUAAGACAACAUCACAUCAUGAUGCUCCGGAAGAGUAAUCAGGAAUUUGAUUUUGAGUAUGACAUGAAUCCCUAUGAAAGUUUUAUGCGCAACCACUUGAAGCACUAUGGUUACUAUACAGGGAAAAAUGAAACAUAUCGUUCUGCACCUGUGUACGAAGAUUGGGAGAAGAAUUAUGGGUACACCCUCAGUGAUGCAUCAGAUACAGAAUACGAAAAUCAGGCACUCCAGGAGCAUAAAUUGGAUCCAGAUAAUCGGACAGGUGAGGACCAGAGGAAAUCGACUCAGAUUACUUACAGCUACCAAGCAGGCAAGAUGGUUCCUAAGCUUCGUGAGCCACGGAAUCUCUAUGCGCUAAAUAAGGAAUAUGGUCCGCAACAGGCGCCCAGAUGGCCUGCAGAUUUGGAAGUUUUACCUGAAAGAGUAUCCCACAUAACAGCUGUGCCAAACAUUGAAGAAUCUUUUUAUGUCCCUUCUGGUCUAGAGAAGACACCACAUCACUCUACAGAUGGAGAUGGUAAGGUAGUAUUUUACAAUCCACCAACUAAAGAAUCUUAUUUUCUCAGAUCGAGGGUAGGGGGCAGUAAACAUGGUUGCCCGUUCCGUGCUAUUAAAUUAAAAUCUGAAGAUGAUACAACUCUGUUAUUUGAAUCAAGAUUUGAAAGUGGGAAUCUCAUGAAAGCUACUAAAAUUGGAGAAUAUGAAUACAAUCUAUUAUUACGUUAUGAUCUGUACACAAAGAAACACACACAGUGGUACUACUUCCAAGUGAAGAAUACUAGACCAGGUGUCCGGUACCGCUUUACAAUCACCAACUUCAUGAAGUCUGGAAGUUUAUAUAACAUGGGUAUGAAGCCAUUGAUGUAUUCAAAACAAGAUGCAGAAACAAAAGGAAUUGGAUGGAGGAGGGCUGGACAAGACAUCAAAUAUUACAAGAAUAAUAUCCAACGUACAGAUGUGAAAGGUGAAAAGUACUUUUACUCAUUAACGUGGACGUGUACCUUUCCAAAUGCGAAUGAUACGUGUUACUUUGCUCACUGCUAUCCGUACACUUACUCUAACUUACAGGACUAUUUAUUGAAUGUUAGUAAUGAUCCUGUAAAAAACAGGUUUUGCAAAGUGCGUGUUCUGUGUCGCUCAUUAGCAGGCAACUGUGUGUACAUACUUACAAUAACAACGCCAUCUAAACACCCAUCUGAUGCCAAGUCAAAGAAAGCUGUUGUAUUAACAGCAAGAGUCCAUCCUGGUGAAACUAAUGCAAGUUGGAUGAUGAAAGGUUUUCUAGACUAUCUAACAGGAAAUAGUGCUGAUGCCAAGUUGUUGCGGGACACAUUUGUAUUCAAGAUCGUGCCGAUGCUGAAUCCUGAUGGAGUAAUUGUAGGUAAUUACCGAUGUUCUCUCUCAGGAAGAGACUUAAACAGGAACUAUAAAAGCAUCCUAAAGGAUUCUUUUCCAUCAGUGGCAAACACAAAGGUGAUGAUUAAAAAGUUGCAAGAUGAACGAGAGAUUAUUAUGUAUUGUGAUCUCCAUGGUCACAGCAGAAAGCAGAAUGUGUUUAUUUAUGGCUGUGACAAUAAGCACAGUGCAUCAAGAAGGUUAAGGGAACGCAUAUUUCCUGUCAUCCUAGGCAGAAAUGCACCAGAGAAGUUCAAUUACAAAAGCUGUAAGUUCAAAGUUCAAAAGAGUAAGGAAGGUACUGGACGUGUGGUUAUAUGGCAAAUGGGAAUUAUGAACAGUUUUACCAUGGAGGCUACCUUCUGUGGAUCCUCAUUAGGCUCCCGAAACAAGACUCACUUUACUACCAAAGAUUUUGAGGCCAUGGGAUAUCACUUUUGUGACUCACUUCUCGAUUUGUGCGACCCUGAUCUUUCCAAGUAUGACCAAAUCUUGGAUGAAUUAAAGGAGAAGAUGAGACAAGAUAUACUUGCACACCUUCAGCGAACAGGAUCCCCUAUGCCAAUGAAUGGUAUAGUCGAUUUGAACGAAGACUACACAUCUGCUGUGGAAUCAAGUACAAGUGGCUCAGACAGCUCUGUUGAUGAUGGUCUACCAGUCCAUCUAUUGGCUCUAGCACCAAAGCUCACUAAAAAGAAGAAAUUAAAGAGCAAAAAGGAGAGAGACAAAAAAAGAAGCAGCCUGGAAAAACAAGCAGACAAAGAAACAAAAGAGAAGGAGAAAAUUUCCAACCAAACAGACAAUGAGGAAAAGAAACCAUCAACUCCAAAACCUAAUGAGAAAAAGAAGAUGAGGUACAGACACACAGACCGACUCUAUUCAGCCGGGAGACGGAGUAACACGCCAGGACGGCAUGAUGGAGUACCAGUAUUUGUACAGGAACGAUGUGAGGAGAGGCAACUAAAGAAGACAGAGUACUUAGAAGCUAUUACAAAUGCUUACUUAAUGAGUGGUGUCCUACCUCCAGCCACCCAAGAUCAAACAACAUUCCAUUACUCCCAAGGGAACCAUGGGUUAGCUGCUACUGGAGUCCCCCUGGGCCAUGUGGAAGGCCUGUGCCCACACCACGAGAAAGCAUUUGCAGAGAAUUAUGUUGCCAAUCAACUUGCUGACUUACAAUUUGCAGAUGAAAAAUUUGAUUGGAGCCAUUCAGUUGUUGACACGCGAAAGACUAUUCAGUCACUUGGCCAACGGGCGCCCUCACCUUUUCAAAAUCGACCUUGCAACAAACAAAUCAACUCAACGCUCUCAAUGCGCAGUGGCAAAUGGGGAUCAAAUGAGAAGGUGGUUCCAGUUGGAAUAGAUAAUACAAUGGUUGACAGACGAUCAAGGAGUCCCUUGAAGAGCAUGUCGUUGCUCACAGAUGACAGUCAAACAUAUACAGAAAUUGUUACAAAAGGAUUUACUUCUAAAUCAUUAACUCGCAGUAAAUGCCCAUCCGCAACAAGUAUUCAUGUAUACAACGGACGAGCAAGUUCAGGUAAACAACAGGGUUCACCUUUAAUAAGGUCAUCUUCCAGACAGCUGACAAGAGGGAAUUUGGAAAAAAAUGAGACUUCCAGACAAGGACCUCGUCCUUCUAGUAGUAGUGUAGACCAAACCUUGUCUGUCGCAUUGAAUCAAAACCAACAUGUAACGUUUACACCACAAACUAACGCAAUGAGUGCAAGUAGAAACUCUAGUGAGGCACCUAGUCAGAUCGGCAUCACUAGCCAGUACAGAGGUACUAGCGUUAACUCUUCCACCGUCACAGCCUCCGUACCCAAGUAUACUGGCGUCCAAACGGUAGUGCAUCCCAACGAGAAAAAUGAAACAGACGGUAGAGUUUCUUCCCCAACUUCAUCAAAACAAUCUGAUAAUAUAACUUUGAACAUUGAUAAAGAUGAGAAGCCUAGUCCACGGAACACUGCUCUUAAAUCGCAUCGUUGCAGCACUGAGUCCACCCCUAUAUCUGAUUCAUCAACAUUUAGCUUUAGAUACAAAAGUGCAAACAGUUCGCAUCAUUUCUCAAAUUCGCAGAAUUUCUACGGUAAUACAGUCAUCAUGCAGAACUGCAAGGGUGCUGUUCAAAUUGAGGGUAGACCGACUACUAGAUACGUUAAAAGAAAUGAGUCGGGGAGCAGCUCUGCAAUGAGUUUCAGGAGCAGUGAAUCGAGUGACGUACGAAGCGUAUCCAGCGAUACAAGGCCAAAGAGCACAAGUGAACAUUUGAUAAAUUACACGAAUAAAAGAACUGAAACAAAUAAUACAGACAACCAACAUGCUGCAGAUUUUGAAAAAACAAAGCAAACUUCACAAACAAUCCCCUACAAUACACAGGUAUUUAUUAGUGAUACUUCUACCGAGAGUUUUACACCAAAACAAACAGAGAAGGAACAUUAUGAAGAACAAGAACAUGCAGAGCAAGUUGGACCAAACGUUAAUUAUAACAAUGUAAAUGACAGUAGUUUAGUUGAUUGUGUGACUAACCAUGAUCAAAACUAUGAAAAAUGUUCUACGAAUCAGAAUCGUAUGAUAAAGAAUGUUGAAGGCAUGUUAGCAAAGACGGCUGAACUGAGAAAAAAUGAUUCAAAUGGCGGCGUCAAUCCUAAAUUACCUCAAAAAGAAAUCAGCCAUUGUGAAUCAGAUUCAUUGGAUUUAAACCAGCAUGGACAACCAGCGACACCUAAAAAUAUAGGAACAACAAAAUCGACACAAAAUUCAAUCGAUUACAGCCAAUUGCUGGACAACAAGCACGCAAUCUCCGACAGGUUCAUGAUUGCUCGCAAUCCGCAAAAAUAUUUCCAAGUUUCGCGUCUUGAAUUGCAAGACAAAGCUGUCAGGAACUCGAUGGAUGAUGCCAUGUUUGCUGGGUUGAAUUCUCAACCGGUUAUUCCAGAAAUCGAGGGACGCAGACUAAUUACACCGAGAGAACAUAUACGUGGGUCAAGUUCCCAUAGCGCACGUGUUAACCACUCUCCACGACUUCCCCGCUCCAUACCAUCCCCAAUUCAUCGAGGUGGAGAUGCAAUGAGUAAAUAUCAGACUAAUUAUUCGUUGAACCCAGCCAAUCAGUUAGAGAUCAUAGUGAAUAAGCCACCGUCGCUAAAGCCAACAGAUUCAGGAGGGAUACGGUCGCAAAUACAGCGUUUGAUUGAUCCAGAGAGUCCAGAGGUGGUGAUGCAGAAUCAACGAGAAGCCCCAAAGGUAAUAACUCCUUGUUUAGUCACAGGCCAAGUUGAAUCGUACACAGUGACGAAAGGAAGCUCACGGGAUAAGCAACCUGUGAAAAAGGAGAGCAGAAUGUAUACUAGCCGUACUCCAAGGUUUAAGGAGCCGUCAUUAGCCAGUGUUGCAUUCUCUAAUCCAGCGUACAUCUAUAGCAUAGAGCAGCAUGGAGUGUUGUCUGGUAGCGCCCUCAAAUGCCCUUCACUGCGAUCAAAUCAAAGAAAGUAUUAGAUCUCACCAUGGAGGUGGUCUCACAAAGCCAUGGUGAAUGCCUAUGAACAGACUCAACAUUCCAAGACAUUCAAUUGCAAAUAAUUGCCUUUUUAGUUGGUAUCAGCUAGAGUUAAGUUGGGCUUUCCUUAUGAAGUUCAUACGAUCAACCUAAUUUUAUCUUUAUCAUUGAGUUAUUGUCCAUUGUUUUAAUAUCUGAAAAUCAGAAUUUUUUUUUGUUCAAGAGUUUUGAAUACAACCAAUAGGAAUAGUCUUUAUAUACUUCA